UACAAACCAAAGUCCUCAUAAGUAUACUAAUUUUUCUACUCCCCUUUUUCAGUGUUAAUGCAUAACAAAUGAUUAUUAGCAACUGAUAUGAUUGACGUUGUUGGGUGACGCAGACUCGAGUAUAUUUGAAUAAAAUGGGGAAAAGUUUCUGUUUUGUUAUGCUUUACUUUUCUCUCUCCUUUAUUUACACCAAAAAGUCGAUUCCAUUACGAAUUCAUGAUACGCUAAAUGAAUGUCGAGAAAAAUGCAAAGUUAAAAUUUGACGUUGAUUACUAUAAUACAGACUGUUUCAAUGAUUGGAACACAACUGCAAAGGGAAAAGAAGACUACUUGGAAGACACCAUUCCUUACGAAAAUCCGUCCACUCUAUCAUUUUUUUCAGAUUCAUCUACUUCAGUAGAUGACGGUUUAUCUGAAAAGUUUCCGUAUGUUGAAGACCUAGAAAAGAUCACUGAUGACGACCCCUAUGGACAGACAGAGUUCCUUACUUCCUCAUCAACACCUUUGAACUAUCAGCACACACAGGAGACAGAUGCAUCUCUUAUUGACUGCUAUUAUGUAUCUAUACAUGAGAGAAUUCAAUUUUUGAAAGAAAUUGAGCAGAUUAGGGAAGGCAUAAGUCAGUUUAAGGGAGAUAUGAGUAUACUGGAACGUCAAAUGAUUAGCAUGGAGCUUGAUCUGAAACAUUCAAAGAAUAGAGUUCUCAAGGUGGAAGAAGGCUUAACAGUUACUCAGGAAGUGAGUGUUAACCUACAAAUCUUGUUGGAGAAAUCUCUGCAAAAACAAAAGAAAGCGGACAAAUACGCAACUCGCACGAUGCAACGCAUCUUUUCAAAUUUAUCCACAGUCGUCCAUGAAACGAACCGAUUGAAAGGAAAAAUGAUUGCUAUUGCUAAUCAUCAGAAAAAGCGGCAAGGGAGUGCUGAUAUUAUUGCUGACAGGAUUCGUGAAUAUAUGGAAAUGUUGGAACAAGCUCAGGAAACAAUACACUCAUUAAAACAUAAAAGACAGAGAAGCAGCACUGCUACUUUAGCAGAAGGGGAAAGUAGCCUCAUUGGAAGCAGUAAGAAUGAAGAUAUCGGUGUCAUAUAUGGUUGCGAGAAUAAAGUAACAGAGGCAUCGGAUACCAGAGCAACAGCGAAUGUAAAUACAAGCCAUUAUCGCCACCGAAUUAUACGUAAAAGGGCUUCUACACCUGAUAUGUCUGGUGUAUUAUUUUUACGGCAGACGGCCCAUGAUGGUGUUGCGUCGUCUCGAUUACCACAGCGAGGUCUGAGAAUCCUUUUAAAUGAUUAUAGAAUGCAAUAAAAGGCUGAACAGCUGUAGUGUGAUGCGAAGAUGUCACUUACUGAACUUGGAAAAUGUUUGUCUACAAAAUGGACGUUCUCUUUUUAUCACUCAGAAAAUACUCUCAUGAUCGCUGUUCAAGAGGUUAUAGCGUUGGCAUUGGUGAUACCGCAGGGAUAACUCAGUAAUAAAAAAACUAGCCAACAACGGCUUUCUUGCGGCUGUAAACAUUCCUUAUUUAUUGCU